CCUGACCCCAUGUAUUAAAUGGGCUUGUUUUGGAGAUAACAUUGUCAUUAUAAAUACAUAAUAGAGCUCAUAUAAAGUGCAGAUCACUACUGCUGAAGAAACACAUCUACCAGACCAGAUCACUGCUGCCCAUCAUGAUGGAAAAUCUCAAGGGGCUGGAGUGCCACUUCACCUGGGAUCUGGGGCAAUAUCGAAAUGAGCUCCAGGGGAUGAGGAGGAACAUGCAAGAUGUGGAGCAGCAGGCGUGCAUCAGACUGAUCCACUAUUACAACCUGCUGGGCUACAUCCAACAGACUCUCGGCUUCAAUACAGAGGCGCUGACGUACCUGCACAGAGCAGAAAGUGUGAUUCAGGAGCAGGGAACAGAAGAAGCUGGAGUCCAGCUGCAGGUCAACAAGGCUAACCUGGCUUGGGUCUACUUCCUUAUGGAAGAGAUGGAUAAGAGCAAAGGAUACCUAGAAGAGGUGGAGAGGCUUCAGCGAAUGCAUCCUGCUCCAGCUGGAUGUGCUCUACAUCCUGAAGUCAGUGGAGAGAAGGGCUGGACGCUGGUGAAGUUUAACAAGUCCAAGAAGCGUCAGGCGAUUGAUUAUUUUAAGAUGGCUUUGAAAGCAGAACCAGAAAGGAAGGAUUGGCACAAAGGUCUUGCCAUAGCCAUGAGCAGGGCAUAUAUAAAGUCUGAAUUUACUCCACAGCUGGAGGCUGAAAUACUACAGCAGGUGAAAAAGGCAGCAGAAAUGGACCCAAAUGAUUUGUUCCUUCAAUCCCUUUAUAUACUAAAAAAGUUUGAGGUGCAGGCAGAAAAAAAUGAUAAGGAUGUACAAAGUUUAGUGGAGAAAUCCAUUAAUACAGGAAACUUAGAGGGUUUGGGUUAUGUCUUUGAAUAUUUUAAGAACAUUUCCAUUGAGAGAGCGAUUCAAGAGGGAGAAAGGGUUCAGGAAAAGUUCCCCACUUCCCCUAAAGUUUUGAGAAUCCUGUCAAAUUUAUACAAAGGGAAACUGUUCACUAUGAAGGAAAACAGUCAGAAAAGGAAGAUCUUGAUUCAGACAUGCAUGAAGCUGUUUGAGAAGCUUGUCAUACAUUACCCAGACUGUGUCAGAGGAUGGUUAGCCCUAGCAACACUGCACCGUUACGCAAACAACACUAAGAAAGCCAAUGAGAUUUACCAGCAGCUCCUGUCAGAGAAAGAUGAUCUCCCUCCUCAUACACAACAGUUACUGUACUAUAGUUAUGCGUGCCAUCUACAUCAGAGUAGACAGUCUAGAGACAAAUCCAUCAACUUUCUCAUGAAAGCAGCAGAAAUCCAAAACAUUUCAGAGGACAAACAGAAAAGCAUAAUGAUUCUUAAACAAACUGUGAAGAAUGGCAGAAACUCUCGCUGUGAGGAGAUUUCACAAUUUCUAAAGAGAGUUCUUAAUGAUGAGUAAAUAUUCUCUUAAUUUCACUUAUUCACACAAAGUGAAUAAAUAAGUGUGAAGGUGUGGUCACGUUUAUAAAUAUAUACCAUUGUUUGGCGAAUUUUCUUAGGUGUUUCACCAGGAAACCAUGCGUUUGAAGAAAUUUGCAGUAGGUUUAAGUUGGUCUUAUAAGGAAUCACUGCAUUGAUUUUAAAGUUAAUUCUGUGUGAGUUGUGCAUAGAAUAUAAAUUUUGUGGCUUUACAUUACUCAUAGCAAAGACAUUUCUCCAAUGAUGACACGACACACUUUUGAAAAUGUAGAAAUUUUCCAUCCCAUUAUCUGUAAUAAAGUCACUUGUUGUAUGGAACUCAUUAAAUCUGUUUAUUGCUUGUGACUU